ACCACAUGGUCUCACCCUCUUUCUCAGACCAUAGCAGAUUCAAGGAACAUGCUUGGAAAACUGCUAACCCCGUCCAUAUUCCCCCUCUCAAACCUCUUCCUUUCAACUACGAACUGAACAACCAUCACCCACCACCCAAAAGAUAUCAUUUUUACAAACAUUCAUCAACUUUCGCACCUUUUCCCGUCAAAAUUUCUUUCCGGGCAUCUCUUCAGAAUGUCAAGUUUCCCCAACACAGUGUCGGAAGCCCGGAGGUCCGGCAAGGCGCCGGAAAAGUCCUCUUUUUCUCAGACUUGCAGUCUCUUGAGCCAGUUCUUGAAGGAGAAACGAGCUUCUGGUGAUUCCGCUCUUGGAAUGGGUGGGAAAAUGGAACCUAAAGCCAGUACGAAGGAUUUGUUUGGCAGCCUGCAAAACUCAGAUGGGGCUUUGAAACUAAGCGCUUCUGCCAUGGAUUUUCUUCCCCAGCUUGUGGAAAACCCCUGCAUUAAGAAGUCUAAUCUUAGAUCACCGGUUCCUGAAUCUCCUCAAAUGACAAUAUUCUAUGCUGGAAAAAUGUUGGUAUUUGAUGGUUUUCCACCGGAGAAAGCAACAGAGGUCAUGGAGUUGGCCACCAAGCUGGCGUUGGACACUUCCGGCGCCGAUGAAACUCCCCCCAGUGCUCCGGUUACCACCAAAGAAUUGGCUGAGACCAAAGUGCCUCAAACAAACACCUCAGAAACCCCUAAGCCAGGAAGCCAAGGGGUUGGUUCAGAUAUGAGGUACCCUAGAAGAGCUUCACUUCUAAAAUUCCUCGAGAAAAGAAAAGAAAGGGUUAAUGCGAGAGGGCCAUAUCAAGUGAACAAUCAGAAAGCAGAAGGAAGCAGUUCAGGUGGUGAUCCUGAAGAUCAAUGUUCGAAACAGUUUGACCUUAACUUGUAGAUGUUUACCUCGUCACGAACUUAGGAUAUACAGGCUCUGGUCAACCAAAAGCACCUAACUACAUCAUCAUCGUAGGCCUUCUGAAGAUUGCUGUGGCCUUCAUACGAAUUUAUCAUAUAAGAUUAUAUAUAUAUAUUUGUAUUUAUUAUUAUUAUUAUAUUAUUUAAUCAACUAGGUCCUCUCCUCUGUGGACCAAACCAGAGAUAAAUUUUAGUGAUAUUACUCAGAUUGGUUAGCUUAAGAAUGUUUAAAGUUACUACUGAGUGCAUGAUUUUGAUAACUUUCGAUUAUUACAAACUCGUUUCUACA